UAUAUGAAUACUGCACCAAAUGAGAUUUACCAAAAGCCGAAGGGAUACAUUCCAGUCUGCUUUUGUACAUCCGGUAAUGCCUGUCUAGGUAACAACAAUAUACGCCAGGUAAGUCUAGUACAAGGUGAAAGGUUGAAAGGUGAAAGGUUGAAAUGUAAAUGGUUGAUGAAAGACGAUAAAAGCCCUUUAAAGGUGUGACGCACCAGUUUUUUAAAGACCGGACAUAGGGCUGAUUCACUCACACCAGAAAGUAUAUACUGUCAUCGAUAAAUGUGGUGGUUCUGUACAUAACGUGAUCGACGUGCUCCUCAAACGGCCUGUCCCGUCCGAGAAGAACGGUUGCUAACCGAAGACAAAAACGGCAGUUCAUUCAUUCUACCGUAGGCUGACACGUCAAACUUAGAAAAGCUGGUCCCGUAUCCACACAUGCUCAGUGCGAAGGACAGACAACGCCAAGAAGACUACUACGUAUUUGUCUUUUUCAAGUACAAGAAGUAAAGUCGACAUUGAGAAUGUCUCAGGAAAUUAUGAAGAAGAGUGGGUUCCAUCAGCUGGUUGAGUUGUACAACAUGCAAAAACACCCUGAGGGCGGCUGGUACAAAGAGUCCUUCAGGUCGGCCGUUCAUUUUCAGACAGCCGAGAAUCUUGAAGACGGCACGAAGUCCACCGCGGCCACGGUUUGUUACUACCUGCUGCCUAAAGACGUUCUCUCUACCUGGCGCCGACUGACGUCAGACGAAGUAUGGCUGUACCAAGAUGGCGGCUGUCUCAAGAUUCAUAUGAUUGACGCACACGGCAUCUACACUUCUGUCGUUUUGGGAAGUACCUUUCAGCACAGAGAGGCCAGGUAUGAAGUCACUGUGCCUACAGGAGUCUGGGCUGCGGCAGAAGUUAUAAACGGAGACUUCGUGCUCAUAAGCUGUGUUGUUGCACCAGGUUUUGACUGGAAGGGUUUAGAGCUUGGCCAGGAAGAAUACCUGGUGACGUCCUUUCCUCAUCUAACUGGCAUCAUUAAAUCGUUUUGCAAGCAUUAGAUAAGAACGUUAUAUGUUGUUUGAAGGUAAAACGUUUUCUCCAACACAGAAGGGAAAUGUUCUCACCUAGAGCUUUCGACCAGUCACUCUGGUCUUCCUCAGUAGACUGACUCAGUGAGACUUGUCACGUGGCUUCUGUGAAGUGUGACUUCGACACUGGGUCAAAUGUAUCUGGUAAAUGGGGUUGGUCCCUGUUAUAUGCCUCUUUUCUGAAUAGCCUGAUUUGGGGAAUAAAGACUAGCCAGAAAUACUAGCGGGCAAUGGGUAGGUACGAAAGGGUAUGGUCGACGUUUUUCGCCGUGAUUAGGAAUAUUAAAACUUGCCUUAUGAUAUUGUAAAGUCCAUUAUUUUGUACGUACAGCUGUAUACGUACUUUCAAACUCUUUAUCGGAAGACGUUUUGUGGUGAACAGUAUUGUCGUAAAUAAGUUGUACCAUCAUAUUUUUCAUGCAUGUUUGUUUAUUUUUCAAUUCUUUAAAAAUCUGUUUAUUGCACAUUAAGUUGAUAACAAAAAUAAAAAUGAAAGUAUUGUGCAUUGCAAAA